AGGAUCCCAGGAUUCAGUAUGGGCGCGAACGCUCCUGUGCGUUGACCACACUCCCACGGUUGCUUUUUCAGACAUGCUGAGGAGGACCCUGCUAUGCGCGGUGCUCGGGCUUCUACGAGCCCAGCCCUUCCCCUGUCCGCCAGCCUGCAAGUGUGUCUUCCGGGACGCCGCGCAGUGCUCAGGGGGCGACGUGGCGCGCAUCUCCGCGCUGGGUCUGCCCACCAACCUCACGCACAUCCUGCUCUUCCGAAUGAGCCGCGGCGUCCUGCAGAACCACAGCUUCAGUGGCAUGACCGUCCUCCAGCGCCUCAUGCUCUCCGACAGCCACAUUUCCGCCAUUGACCCCGGCGCCUUCAAUGACCUGAGAAAACUGAAAACCCUCAGGCUGUCGCGCAACCAAAUCACUCGUCUUCCAGGUGCGCUGCUGGAUAACUUGGUGCUCCUGGAGCAGUUGUUUUUGGACCACAAUGCACUAAGGGACCUUGACCAAAACCUGUUUCAGAAACUGGCUAACCUGCAGGAGCUCGUUCUGAACCAGAAUCAGCUCGAUUUCCUUCCUCCCAGUCUCUUCACGAAUCUGGGGAACCUGAAGUUGUUGGAUUUAUCGGGAAACGACUUGACCCACCUGCCCGAGGGAUUGCUUGGCGCACAGGCUAAGCUUGAGAGACUUCUGCUCCAUUCGAACCGGCUUGUGUCUCUGGAUUCGGGGCUGCUGAACAGCCUGGGCUCCCUGACCGAUCUGCAGCUCCACCGAAAUCACAUCGGUUCCAUCGCACCCGGGACCUUCGACCGCCUCCCAAACCUGAAUUAUUUGACUCUUGCGAGAAACCAUCUUGCGUUUCUCCCCUCGGCGCUCUUUCUUCAUUCGCACAAUUUGACUCUGUUGACUCUGUUCGAGAACCCUCUGGCAGAGCUCCCGGGGGUGCUCUUCGGUGAGAUGGGGGACCUGCGGGAGCUGUGGCUGAACGGCACCCAGCUGCGCACCCUGCCUGCCGCCGCCUUCCGCAACCUGAGCCGCCUGCAGGUCUUAGGGGUGACCCUGAGCCCUCGGCUCAGCGCGCUCCCGCAGGGCGCCUUCCAGGGCCUGGGCGAGCUCCGGGAGCUCGCCCUGCACUCCAACGGCCUGACCGCUCUCCCGGAUGGCUUGCUGGGCGGCCUCGGCAGCCUGCGCCAGGUGUCCCUGCGCCGCAACAGGCUGCGCGCCCUACCCCGCGCGCUCUUCCGAAAUCUCAGCAGCCUGGAGAGCGUCCAUCUGGACCAUAACCAGCUGGAGACCCUGCCUGGUGACGCGUUUGGGGCUCUGCCCCGGCUGACGGAGGUCCUGUUGGGGCACAACCCCUGGCGCUGCGACUGUGGCCUGGGGCCCUUCCUGGGGUGGCUGCGGCAGCACCCAGGCCUCGUGGGCCGGGAAGAGCCCCCCCGGUGCACAGGCCCUGGGGAGCACGCCGGCCUGGAGAUCUGGGACCUGCCGGGGAGUGAUGCGGAGUGCCCUGGCCCCCAGGGCCCGCCUCCCCACCCCGCUGCCGACAGCUCCUCGGAAGCCCCUGGCCGUCUAACCUUGGCUCCCAACAGCUCAGAACUCUGGGUGUGGGCCCAGCCGGUGGCCACUGACAAACGUCGAGAUCAUAGCCCAUUGUGGGGGUUUUAUUUUCUGCUUUUAGCUAUUCAGGCCAUGAUCACCGCGAUCAUCAUGUUUGCUAUGAUUAAAAUCGGCCAGCUCUUUCGAAAAUUAAUCAGAGAGAGAGCUCUUGGUUAA